GGGCUCUGCGGCGCCGGGUCCGCCCCAGGGCUGCGGGGCGGGGGCGGGGGGCUGCGCGGGGCGGGGCGGGGCGCCCGGGCCCCCUCCCCCGCCCCCCUGACGUCAGCCCCCGGCCGCGCGAGGCUCCCUCACUCGGCUCGGGCGCUCGCACGGGGAACAUGGGGCGCCCGGGGUUGGCCUGCGCGCUGCUGCUCGCCCUGUGCUGCUGCCGCUGCCGCCGCGCUGCGGGUGUGCCCGGAGAGGCGGCGGUGCCCGAGCCGGAGCUGGUGGAGGCGGAGGUGGGCAGCACGGCCCUGCUGCUGUGCGGCCCCUCGCACGCCCCCGGCAACACCAGCCACGCUGACUGGUUCUCCGUCCACAAGGAGAAGCAGACGCCCAUCUUCCGGGUGCGCCAGGGCCAGGGCCAGAGCGAGCCCGGCGAGUACCAGCACCGGCUCAGCCUGCAGGGCAGGGGCGCCGCGCUGGUCCUGAGCCACGUCACGCCGCAUGACGAGCGCGUGUUUCUGUGUCAGGGCAGGCGCCCCCGCUCCCAGGAGCACCGCAUCCAGCUGCGGGUGUACAAAGCCCCCGAGGAGCCCAGCAUCCAGGUCAAUGACGUGGGCAUUUCCAUCAACAGUGAGGAGCCUGAGGAGGUGGCCACCUGUGUGGGCAGGAACGGGUACCCUGUGCCCCAAGUUGUCUGGUAUAAGAACGGCCAUCCCCUGAAGGAGGAGAAGAACCGGGUGCACGUGCAGUCCUCCCAGGUGGCCGAGUCCAGCGGUCUGUACACACUGCGCAGCGUCCUGAAGGCCCGGCUGGGGAAGGAGGACCGUGAUGCGCGCUUCUACUGCGAGCUGAGCUACCGCAUGCCCAACGGGUACCGCAUGAAAGAGUCCAAGGAGGUCAUGGUGCCCGUCUUCUACCCAGCAGAGAAAGUGUGGCUGGAAGUGGAGCCCGAGGGGCUGCUGAAGGAAGGGGACCGAGUGCAGAUCCGGUGUGUGGCCGACGGCAACCCCCAGCCGCACUUCAGCAUCAGUUGGAAGAACCUCAGCACCGCAGAGAUGGAGGAGCAGUCGACGGAGGACAACGGGGUCCUGGUGCUAGAGCCCGCACAGAGGGAGCACAGUGGGCUCUAUCAGUGCCAGGGCCUGGACCUGGAGACCACAGACUCGCUGCAGAGUGACCCCCAGGAGCUACUGGUCAACUAUGUAUCUGAUGUCCACGUGGGCCCCCCGGCUCCUGUGAGCGAGGAGGGCGGCAGCCUCAACCUGAGCUGCGAGGCCGAGAGUAACCAGGCCCUGGAGUUCCGGUGGCUCCGAGAGAAGACAGGCCAGGUGCUGGUGGAGGGGCCUGUGCUCCAGCUCCAUCACCUGAAUCGAGAGGCCGGGGGCGGCUACCGCUGUGUGGCCUCGGCGCCCAGCGUCCCCGGCCUGAACGGCACCCGCUUGGUCAACGUGACUGUUUCCGGCUCCCCGUGGAUGGCGUGGAAGGAGAUGAGAAUGCGGGUGAAGGAGAACGCGGCCCUAAACCUGUCCUGCGAGGCAUGGGGACAUCCCCGGCCCAAUAUCUCCUGGACCGUGGAGGGCCUGGUCAGUGAAGCCGACCAAGGUCCCCAGAGCGUGGUGAGCACCCUGAGUGUCCUCGUGACCCCGGAGCUGCUGGAGACGGGCGUGGAGUGUGUGGCGGCCAAUGCCCUAGGCCAGAACUCCACUGUCAUUUUCCUGGAGCUGGCCACCAACACAACCCCAGACUUCAUCCCGGCCACUGCUGGUCCCCAUGCCAGAGCCAACAGCACGUCCCCAGAGAAGAAGCUGACGCCACCGCCCGAGAGCAAGGGUGUGGUCAUCGUGGCGGUGACCGUGUGCGUGCUGGUGCUGGCUGUGCUGGGGGCCACGCUCUAUUACUGCUACAAGAAGGGCCGGCUGCCGUGCGGGCGCUCGGGCAAGCAGGAGAUCACGCUGCCCCCGCCUCGUAAGAGUGAAUUUGUAGUUGAAGUUAAGUCAGAUAAGCUCCCCGAAGAGAUGGGCCUCCUGCAGGGCGGCAGCCAAGACAAGAGGGCUCCAGGAGACCAGGGAGAGAAAUACAUCGAUCUGAAGCACUAGCGGAGGACUUCAGGGAUCGAUGUGCCCUUCGCUGCCUGGAACAUUUCUGCUCCCCGCUUCCCGCACUCAGGCUGGCCGCCAAGCCAAACACUGGUCCAGGGAAGCUUCAGCUCCUGCCCGAGGCCCCUCCCGGGCACCAGCCCUCCACGUCUCAGGUUCCUGCGUGAAGCUGCAGAACACAUGUCCCCAGGGCCGGCUCACGGAAGCCUGGGGGACUCGGUCGGGUAGCCCCUUCGGUAGCAGCAGCUGCCCUGCCUCUGGGGACACUCCUUUCUCAGGACCAAAGCCAGGAACUGGGGUCAUCCCUGAGAAGUCGCUGUCCCAUCAGAGGACGCUCGAAGGCUCUAGGCCAGACAGGGUCACCGAGCCCCGCCUUCUCCUGGGUCCGGGUCCACCGCCCAAGACCAUAUUAAGACUGACAGGUGGUGGGGGGGAGGCAGGGGACAGAGGCCGGGACUCUCCUUCCUGGGAUUAAGGCUCUUGUCAUAGCAGCCGGAAAUUCUACAAGCUGGCCUGGCCUGCACCAUGGCACACAGGCCCAGUGGCGGUGUGGUACCCAGGGGAGUGUUAUCUGUAUGUAUGUGUGUGUAUAUAUGAUGGUGUUAGGUUGUGUAAAUUGUUUCCUUUUUAUAUAUAUAUAUUAUAUAUAUAUAAAUGAAAAAUAAAGCUUACUGUCCCAGA